GCCGCGCUCCGCUCCUGGCGCCGCUCCCAGCGCAGAGCUGAGCCGAGCCUGGGGCUCAGCUUUCCCUGCGCUCUCCCUGCCUGACAGCCUCUGCGCGCUCCGCUGGCCAGGACUCCGGGGCCACCAUGGAGGACACCACUCUGCAGAUCAUCGAACCGCCGACUGCUUCGGAAGCCUCCGAGGAGCAGGCUCCCGAGGACCCGAUCAAACCCGACCAGAUCAACGGCGUGAUGGUGCUGACCCUGCUGGACAAGAUCAUUGGAGCGGUGGAUCAGAUCCAGCUGACCCAGACGCAGCUGGAGGAGAGGCAGCAGGAGAUGGACAGCGCAGUGACCAGCAUCCAGGGGGAGCUGACCAAGCUGACCAAGGCUCACACCACCACCAGCAACACUGUCAACAAGAUGUUGGAGAAGGUUCGCAAGGUAAGCGUCAACGUGAAGAGCGUGCGGCAGAACCUGGAGAAGCAGGCAGGGCAGAUCAAGAAGCUGGAGGCCAACGAAGCGGAGCUCCUGAAGCGCAGGAACUUCAAAGUCAUGAUCUACCAGGAUGAAGUGAAGCUGCCGUCCAAGCUGAGCAUCAGCAAGUCUCUGAAGGAGGGUGACAAGCUAGAGAAGGAAGGUGAGGGAGAAGAAGUGCAGGUGGGUGAGGACCAUGCAGAGGAGGACCACAUCCAGCUCUCCUCGGAUGAAGAGGUGGAGAUUGAAGAGAUUAUUGAAGAGUCCCGGGCAGAGCGCAUCAAAAGGAGUGGCAUGAAAAGAGUGGAUGACUUUAAGAAGGCUUUCUCAAAGGAGAAGAUGGAGAAGACUAAGCUAAAAACCAAGGAAAACCUGGAGAAGACCCGACACAACCUGGAGAAGACUCGCCACAACCUGGAGAAGAGGAUGAACAAGCUGGGCACCAAGAUUGUGACUAGUGAGAGGAGAGAGAAGAUGAAGACCUCUCGGGACAAGCUGAGGAAGUCUUUCACUCCUGACCACACCAUCUAUGCCAGGUCCAAGACAGCCGUCUACAAAGUCCCACCCUUCACUUUCCAUGUCAAGAAAAUAAGAGAGGGUGAGGUGGAAGUGAAGGCCACGGAGCUGGUGGAGGUCGGCGGAGAGGAGGGCGAAAACUCGGAUCUGCUGUGCGGGGAGAGCCCCGAGGUGCACACCCUGCUGGAGAUCACCGAGGAGUCGGACGCGGUGCUGGUGGACAAGAGCGACAGCGAGUAGGGCGGGGGCGGGCGGCGUUUGCAGUGCCCUCUGCCCUGCUGCCCCGGGGCACCGCACACGAUGCCUCCCUCCUGCCCCCGGAGCCGCGCCGCCCCCCGCCCGCUUGGCUGCGGUGUUUUUGUAUCUUCGCUUUAGCACACACAGGGCACACAGGACUCUUCCUCACACUGUUGAAUCACCCUCGGAGACCAUUCCUGUCUAAGAGCCACCUGGCGCCUGCCCGCGGGCACCCUGCCCAGCUGCAGAGUGCUCAAGGCAAGAGGAGCCUGCAGAGUUCCAGCAUCCUCCAUGCGCAAAGCCCUGGUGUCAAGACAGCUCUGUGCCCUGCACCCCGCUCUGCUUCCUGCGCCAGGUGACGUGCCCACUGCUGCAGGCAUCUGGCUGGCCUGGCAGCACUUUCAGAGGGCAGCAGAGCUGCAAUGCCCCUGGAACACAAGGAAAGAGCCCAACGAGUCCUGCUGGUGGGCAGAGGAUGGGUGAAGCUGAGCUAUCAGCGGUGCCACAGCAGCCACCACCAUCUGUGGCUGGUUUCCCAGUGUGGCAUGGGAUGUGCUGAGGCCACGUGAGGCUCUUCACUGUCAGAGCAGCCUUGACACCAGGUCAGCGCCAACCUUGAGUGUUUCUGAGCAUCUGCUUCCUCCCAGGGUCCCAGCACAGCUCAGGCUCAUGCCCACAUCCUGCGCUUUCCUCCCCAUUUCUCACUUUCUGCAGCUUCCCCCCCUGUCCCCUGCAGCCAGGCAGCACCAGGGUAUCACACUGCAGCUUGAGGGCACUGACCUGGUACAGCUCGGAGUGGCCACCCUGUGAGGGAGCAGGCAGUGAGGCAGAAGCUGCCUUGGCUGCUUCCCUAGGGGGCUGUGGGUGUGCCCAUGGGGCUGAUCCUGGAGGCAGGGAAAGGAUAGAGCCCUUGUGCUCAUCCCACCUGCAUGCCAGGCUCAGCCCUUGCCUGCUGUGCAGCCGCUUUCCUCCCCAGCCCGUGCCCCCCAGGGCUGCUCUUGCCAACCUAACUGAACACAUAAACUUGCUUUUCCUCGCAGAAUUAUUUUCCUUUUUAUUGUCCAGUGCAUCCAGCUUGUCCCCGGCCCAGGGCCUCAUUCCGGUGCCCACACUCCUGGGGCCUGCCUUGGCAUCUGGGACAUCACCGGAGAAGGAGCACCCACGCCGGUCCCUGGUGCCAGGCAAUGGCAGGCUGGGGGCAGCUGCUGAGACGCCAGUGGCCCUGAGGCUCCUGCUCCGGGUCAGGAGGCACCAGCUCCCGGCUGCCCACAGGUCCUGCCAGGCCUCCUGCCUGCGGGCUGGUGGGUCCCAGCCCAGCAUCAGCCCCAGCCCGCGGUUCACCUCCCCACGGAACCUCCCACGGGCCCGUGGCCGGUUCUCCCGUGAUUGUUCCACGUAGGUCGGUGCCGAGGGCGUGGGCCCCGGGGCCGUUCCCGCGGCUGCGUCCCGGAGAGCAGCACAGCAAAUAAAAUUUCUUUUGUA